UACGUGCACGGGAAGAACAUUACACACCGCGACAUCUCGACGCGAAAUAUCCUCGUUGCUGCACGCGAUCUGGAAAUGGGUACUAUCCAUGUUGUGCUUACUGAUUUCGGCCUUUCCAAGGAAGGCAGCAUGCUUGUCACGCAGUGCGGCACGCCCGAGUUUGUCGCUCCAGAGAUAUUG